UUUUUGGAUUGGUCACCUUGUUAACCGCUAAUAACUACGAAAAUGGAUACAAUAAACCAACUCCAGCUCCCCCAUCCAAUAAUUAUUAUGGAUAUCAAGGUCCCCCAUCUGGUAGAAAACUUGCGCCACCAAAGGAAAUUGAAUCUACUACUGAAGAGCCAACAGAAGCACCAACGGAAGAGCCUGGAAAUGAAGGUGGUGAGAACAUUGACGAGGGUGGGGAGGGAGAAGGUACAGAAGAAGGGACUGGAGAAGGAGGAGGUACAGAUGAAGGAACAGGAGGGGGUACAGAAGAAGGAACAGGAGGAGGUAAAGAAGAAGGGACAGAUGAAGGUCAGGAUGAGAGUCCAAAGGAAGGACCAGAUGCAGGACAAGAAGAGGACGGUGGUGAGAAAGACGAUGAAGAUGAUGUAGAGAAUGAUCCAGCCCCAGCACUUGGAUGUUGGAAUUGCAAGGAUGGAUGGUCCUGUUGGAAAGGUACUUGCUAUGAAAAUUGUGCCGGAAAAUGGGGAGGUUGUGGUAAAGGAUGGAAAUGCUAUCAUAAUUCUUGCUAUAAAAAAUGUGGAAAAAAAUGGGGAGGAUGCAGCAGUGGAUACGUUUGUUAUAAGAUAAUUAAGAAAUAUAUCCUGAUAUUUUAGAAUUGCCGCGGUAAUACUUGCCAGGAUUGGUGAAAAUUAUUUUAAGAAGGCCUGAACUUAAGGAAAUGGCAUAAUGACUAACAAAUAUAUUUCUUAAUUUAAAAUACGA